UCUGAGGGCAACUCUGAGGAACUAUAAACUGGAUAAGCACAGACAGACAUCACCCACCUGUGCAAAGGUGAUUCCCACAGCUGAAAGAAAGAACCAUUUUUAGAGCAAAAUAAGCUUUUCAUGUUACAGGAAGCAAAACAUAUUCCAGUAUGCUUAAGCUGUGUGGACUUCAAUUUCUGCUUCUCAUUCACUCGGCUAUAUGGCUUAAUCUGGAGUGCCUGAGUGUGAGUGGGCCUCUGCAGGACAUGGACUUCUUUGUUCAAGAAGGAGGGGGUCCACGCAUCCUUCACCAGUUCACACUUGAGUCACCUGCUGUGAGUUUCAGAGUGUCUGGUGAAAAAGCUGGAAUUAUUGACAUUGACCCAAGGAAAGGCAUCCUGUAUAUCAAUGGGUCUCUGGACUGGGAGACCAAACAAGUGCACAAGCUGCAGGUGGAAAGUCUGGAUGAAAGUGGAAGCACAGUUAAAGGUCCAUAUGCUGUUACAAUAUAUGUGGAAGAUAUCAAUGACAACCCACCAGAAUUUAACCAGACAGAGUACUUUGGAGUAGUGAGGCAGAACUCUCGUCCAGGCAAACCCUUCAUGUAUGUCCAUGCCACUGACCGUGAUGAUCCUACAACUCCCCACGCAAAGCUGUCAUACAGUAUUUUACAUCAUUUUCCCAAAUAUUUUGAAGAAAUGCUUUUCCAGAUUGAUAAUGCAACUGGAGCAAUCUCACCAACCAGGACAGGCUCUUACUACUUGGAUCCUCUAAAGCAGGACACCUUCACACUUGUUGUGUCCGUGAAGGACAUGGGAGGGACGACAACGAAUGCUUUCGCCAGCAGUGUUGAUGUGGUCAUCACUGUGAUGGAGAGCCUGUGGAAAGCUCCCUCCACUAUCUACAUCAAAGAAAACUCAACCCAGGUCCACCCUGUCAACAUCACCAAGGUGCAGUCAAAUGAACCAGAUGUAAUUUAUGACCUUUUUGAAAAAGAAAAGCUGCCAAGGCUCCCAUUUUCCAUCAGUAAGGAUGGGGAUAUUUAUGUGACUGAACCACUGGACAGGGAAGAAAAGGAUAGUUAUACAUUCUUUGUGGUGUCAAAAGAUAGCACAGGAGAACUGGUGGACAAGCCUUUGCAAAUUUAUGUUAUUGUGGAAGACAUCAAUGACAAUCCCCCUGUGUGCCAGCAGGACCUCACUGUAAUUGAAGUUCAAGAAAAUGAACAGGGAGGAAGUAAUAUUGGCACCGUGCUUGCUACGGACAGGGAUGAAGAGAACACCUUUAACUCUCGUCUGCGGUUCCAAAUCCAAAGUCAGGAACCUGAAUAUCCCUCAAAUAAUCUCUUCUAUAUUCAGCAAGACACCGGGACUUUGCAAUUAACCGGCCGUUCCUUAAGCAAGCGAGAUUCAGCCAAGUAUUCCUUGAAGGUCCUGGUGUCAGAUCCACAAUUCCAAACCAUCUGUGAUGUGGAAGUACAUGUCAUUGACAUCAAUGAUGAAAUUCCCAUCUUUGAAAAAUCAAAUUAUGACAAUGUGACUUUGGCAGAAAAUACCCCAAUAGGAACUCUGAUAUUAGAAAUUCAAGCUACUGAUGGAGAUGAGCCUGCCACGGGAAGCUCCCUCAUCAUUUACCAAGUGAAGGAAGGCGAUCCAAACAACACGUUCAUCAUAGAUACAGACUCUGAAACAAACCGAGGGUUCGUCAGGCUUAACAAGGCUCUUGAUUUUGAAACAACACCUGUGUACAACCUGGUGAUCAACGCCACAAACCCCGAACCACUGGUGUCAGGCGUGAAGUACAACUCGAGCUCUCUUGCCACAUUUAACGUUUAUGUAACAAAUGUGGAUGAGCCACCUGCAUUCCAGACGCCAGUUUACAAAACAGAAGUGUCUGAAGACAUUCCUGUCAAUACCUUGGUCAUGACAGUGGGGGCCCGUGAUCCUGAAGGGGAUUCUGUACGAUACUCCUUGGAAGGUGAUGUGAGAAAAUGGCUGAGAAUUGAUUCAGCCACUGGAGAGAUAUACACUGCUUCCCUUUUGGAUCGAGAAAAAGAAGAAAUAUACUCAAUAGAGGUUGUUGCAUCAGAGCUAAAUAAUGCAACUCAGAAAUCCAGAGCAUUCUUGGUUCUACAGUUACGUGAUGUGAAUGACAACCACCCACAUAUAGCUACGGAUAAUCCUACUUUCUUCUGCUACCCAGUCAGUGGAGGAGAGAGAACUCUUAUUCAAGCUACUGAUGCUGAUGAACUCCUUUUUUAUUCAAAAUUUACUUUUUCCCUUCCGGAUGAGGCGAACACAAGAAGUAAUUGGCAAAUCUCAAAAUACAAUGCUACUCAUGCUUACCUGUCCCCGAAACAUGGUAACUUUGAAGAGAAGGUGUAUGAUGUUCCAAUUAUACUUAAUGACAAUGGAAAUCCACCUUUGGAAAACAAAGUGAAUCUUAAAGUAAGCAUCUGCAAAUGUUCCAGUGAAAAUUCAUGUUUUAUUGAAAUAGACCGUCAGCAUUCCUGGCCAACUGUUGGACAGGCAAUUGGGAUUCUACUUGGGGUCCUGCUCAUAAUUGGUGCCAUUUUAGCGGGUGUGUUUUUCCACAUGAAACACAAAGAGAAAAAUGGAAAGAGCCAACCCAAAGAUGCAAAAGAUAAGGCUGAACUCAACAGACUGGCUUAAUGACUGUUUCAUCAAGAGGCAAAACCUCCCGUUGGGUUGUGAAUCAGUGAACUGUGAAGCUUCCAAAACCGAGAGGUGUACAAUCAUAAGCAACAAAAAAACAUGCAAAAGCAGACUCUCAGGGGUUUUGCCUCACUUUUGUAUAUAAUAUUAUUUAGUCACAAAACAUAAAAUAUAUGUAACCUUCAACAGCAGCCAUUAAUAAGCAUAUCAACUCUGUCUGAAGUGUUAACUCAUGAUGACACCAAAUGUUGAGCUCCUUCAGGGAUCUAUACCUGGGACCAGUCUCCUUCAUCUGACAGCUGAAGUAAAUAUGGAUUUAAUAGAGGACUACAUUUUGUCAACCUGCGCAUAUUUGUCUCUUUCCAACUCAGUAAGUCACUGAAGAGCAGAUUGGGAAAUAAAGUCCUGUGCUACGUUUGAAGAUACUCCAUGAAGUUGUAGGAAUCUCUCAGACUCUCAGCAAAGGAGAUCUCAAAUGUACUGCAAUCUGUAAUCUGCCCUGGGUCAUGCCUGUUUCCAUUAUGCUGAAUUUGUACUAUCAGUGUGACAUUACCAUUUUUCUUUUUCAAUAUCCCACAGAGUAAAACCAGUUUGUGUAGCACCAUGGCCUUUCAUUAGAGUUUCCAAGUUAAAGUUUCCCUAUGCUGAGUCAUGUGGGUAAUAUGCUGUUUUAUCAUACUGCUGCAAAUAUUGCUUUUGUCCCCUACACAUAAGAUAAGAAUAAAAAUGUUCUUUAAAGAA